GUGGGAGUCCCAAGUUGGCGUGCUGUGAACAAUCAGUUAAAAACUAAUGUUGUUACAAUGAUUCGGAAACAUUUUGUGUUACCUGAUGGACCUCUAGUUAACAAGGCACUAGUGAUGCGUAUUGACAAACCAUGGAACAAUCAUCGAUACAAAUUGAAGAAGGAUUUUUUCGAUCCAGUGAAUAAAUCUCGAGAAGAGAACUAUGCCAACGUGCCUGAUGGAGUGUCCACUAGGAGUUGGACGGAAUUGGUAGAUUAUUGGCUUUUACCAGAGGCCAUGGAAAAAUCUGAAAUGGGAAAAAAUGCUCGAGCUUUACAAGGCAAUAAGCACAACAGUGGUGCUACAAGCUUUGCUAAUCGAAGAAUUGAUAUGAAAGAGAAGAAAGGAGAGUUUAGCGAAUUGGCAUUUUUCAAAUCAGUUUACGCCAAAGAAGAUGGAAGCUUUAAAGAGGGCACACUUCCUCAUCAAUUUGUGGAGGAUGCCAACAAAAAGGUCCAAGAAAAUCUUGCGAGUUCCUCUUCUUCAAAGCCCGUAAUUGAAAUUGAGAAUGCAGCCUUUAAUGAGCUCAUGUAUAAAGGUGAAGUACCUAAACGUCCUCUGAAUUAUAGAUUUGGAUUGAAGCAAAGCGACAUCUUUGGAGUUGAAGGUUUGCUGAGGAAAGAAGGGUGA